GGAAAUGGCAGGUUUUUCCUGGACGAAAUAAGUUUUACUGCAAUGGACGGAUCAUGAUGGCGAAGCAGACUGGGGUCUUCUAUCUUACCAUGGUUCUCAUUUUGGUGACCAGUGGCCUCUUCUUUGCCUUUGACUGCCCAUUCCUGGCAUCAAACCUGACCCCUGCCAUUCCGGCCAUCGGAGGAGUGCUGUUCGUCUUUGUGAUGGGAAUGCUGCUCCGGGCGAGCUUCAGCGACCCGGGCGUCCUGCCCAGGGCCACACAGGAAGCAGCGGACAUCGAGAGGCAGAUAGAUAUAACUAAUGGCCCGAGCGGCCCAGGCUACAGACCACCACCCCGAACCAGAGAGGUGGUCAUUAACGGUCAAACAGUCAAGCUGAAAUACUGUUUCACCUGCAAGAUCUUCCGACCGCCGCGGGCCUCACACUGCAGCCUGUGUGACAACUGCGUGGAGAGAUUUGAUCAUCACUGCCCGUGGGUGGGCAACUGCGUGGGGAGGAGGAACUAUCGCUUCUUCUACCUGUUCAUCCUCUCACUCUCCCUCCUCACCAUCUUCAUCUUCGCCUUCGUCAUCACGCACGUAAUACUGAGAUCCAACAGGACUGGCUUUCUUAGUGCUCUCAAAGACAGCCCUGCUAGUGUUCUGGAAGUGGUGGUGUGCUUUUUCUCCAUCUGGUCCAUCGUGGGACUGUCAGGCUUCCAUACCUACCUGAUCAGCUCCAAUCAGACCACCAAUGAAGAUAUCAAAGGUUCAUGGUCAUCCAAACGAGGCAAAGGCAUCUACAACCCCUACAGCUACGGAAACUUCAUCACCAACUGCUGCGCUGCACUGUGUGGACCGCUACCACCGAGCUUGAUUGACAGAAGAGGUUUUGUCCAACCGGACACCCCGCAGCCUGCGGCACAGACAAACGGCACCGGCGCCUGCCCCUCCAAUCAAGUCCAGAGUCACAUGUGUGCUCAAGACCAGUGCAUUCAGAGCACCAAAUUCGUUUUGCAGGCUGCCACCAACCCGCUGCUCCACAGUCAGCCCAUCAUUCUGGGCGGAGGUGCGCCCCUUCAGGCCAAGACCUCUCUGGGUGGCCCGUGCUCCACUCUGGGCCCCUCUCAGCCCUCGCUACCCUCCUCUAUCCCAGGCCUCAGCUGUGGAGGAGAGCUGAUGGCCCUGCGAGACUCUGAGAUCCACUGUCACCAUCACCUACACCAUCAACAUUUCAUCAGUCCGGAAGAGACACCCUCCCCACCCGCAGCUCUGCCCUGCGCCACCCACCUGGGUCACCAUGUUCACCCGGCACAGCUCUUUGACCCUGCCAGCCAGGACUCGCUCCAUGAAGACUCUGUGCGGGGUUUGGUGAAGCUUAGUUCAGUGUGAGCUGUUUUCAAAUGCCGUCCUGCUGAACUGGACCACAAGCCAUACGGUACUUUACACACA